AUGCAGAAAGAAUUUUACAUCGGAGCCAAGGGUGGAGAAGAUUCUCACACUCUGGACGUGUCGCCAUUCACAAGCCUAGAGCAACUCACGAGAGCCCUGGCUGAUAUCUUUGCAUUUGCCGAUACGAGAUCAUUAUGGCUUAUCGAUCAACAAGGCAAUCAUAUUUCGACUUUGAAAGAUGUGCAGGAGACCAACGACCUUAUUGAAUUGCGCGUAACGCGGUAUGAAUCCAUUCGCGAACCACCGGGACCUCGCUCGUUACCCUUCGUCGGCAACCACUACGAGCUGUAUCCAGAUGUUCUCGGGAAUUAUGACCGAUUGUUCUCACUCUAUGGGCCAAUGAUCAAGACUGUCAACAUGGGAACAACCAUCUUUCACACCAAUGACCCCGAGAUCGCGCGGCAUUUGUUGCGCGAGGACAAGCUUUUCACCAAAACCACGUCCGACGUAACACACCCUCUGUAUUAUAUGAAUGAUCAAGACGCCCUCUUUACGUGCGACACUGCAUCUCCUGCCUUUGCGCCGAGCCACAAAUUUGUGCCUCCAACAAUGUCGCCACGCGCUGUGGCUCACUUUAUGCCGCUGAUCCAAGAGGCCACCCAGUCCAUCUUUACGGCAUUCGACGAGUUGGCGGAAUCUGACCGGGCGAUCAAUGUCUACCAAUAUAUGUUUAAACUCGCAUCACAGAUCAUCUGGCGCGUCGUCCUAAAUCAAGACCUAAAGCACUUCGAGUCGACCAAGACGCCGCCGUCGCUGCCUAUCCGACUGCUUGGCCAGUAUCUGUCGUUGAUGAAAAAAGCGUCGCUGCAGCCACAAUGGUUCAAGUAUCUCCCUUUUGGGGACGCUGCAAAAGUGAAGCAGGUUCGUCAGCAGGUGCUUGACAUCUGCGAGGACGCCAUGAGCUCCUGCAUCAAAAAGGAUGGCCCGCCUCUAUAUCUCUCGGAUCCAACGGCCUUGCAGAGCGCCACUUGCGUCGCUGAUUUUCUAUACCGGGCCCGUGACAAAGAAGGACAAGGGUUGCCGUAUGACCUGGUACUUGGUAAUGUGGUAUCGACUGCUGGUGCGGGAUUCACCACCAGUUCAUCUCUACUCUCGUGGGCCAUAUAUGCACUUGUCCGGUACCCUGGAAAUCAAGAACGUCUAUUCGAGGAGAUAGUCGGCCACCGCGGUGGAAAUGGAAUUGACAACUGCUGGACGUAUGACGAGAUCCAUAGCAUGAAGUUUCUCGAUUGCUUCAUCAAAGAAGUUCUUCGUCUCCACAGCCCUAGCUUCCAGACCGCACGUAACGCCAAAAAAGACGCAAUCCUGCCAGGGGGAUAUUUAAUACCCAAGGGAUCUAUCGUUAUUGCAUGUUUUCCGAGUAUCCACAAGAACCCUGCCCACUGGGAGAAUCCACUGCGGUUUGACCCAGAUCGCUGGAUGGAGGAAGGCCUGGCGGCGCAGAUGGGCCGCCAAGGGUCGUACACGCCGUUCGCCGCAGGAGGCCGGGGCUGUGUUGGGUUCAACUUGGCACUCACACAGGUCAAGGUGGUUGUAGCAGAGUUGGUGUAUCGAUACGAAUUUGAAGACUCGUCGCCCGAGCCCGUCGUGUAUGAUCCUGAGUUCUUGGUAGUGCGGCCACUCAACUUCUACGCAGGGAUAACGAGGCGAAAAGAGUCGCCUUGA